AUGCCACCCAACAAUGCUCCAGCACUCACCGCGCUUAUUGAUCGUUGGAGGCCGGAGACACACACUUUCCAUCUUCGGACCGGGGAGAUGACCUUGACGCUCCAGGAUAUAGAUAUGAUCACUGGUCUUCCUAUCAAUGGGAAACCUCUAUGUAUGAGCACCGAUUCUGAUGGGUGGCGCGAUCAAAUGCUUGCCCUUAUCGGUAUGGUUCCUCCGGAGCCGCGGGAACUAGAAGUAGAAGGCAAGAAGAAGGAAAGAGUCGCAGAGUAUGUUUGCUGA